AUGGUGCUGAAAGCCAAAAAAGAAGCCCCAGCCCCACUGAAAGCUGAAGCCAAAGUCAAAGCUUUGGAGGCCAAGAAAACAGCACCGAAAAGUGUCCACAGCCACAAAAAGAAGAUCUGCACAUCACUCUCUUUCCGAAGAUACAAAACACCACAACUGAGAAGACAGUACAGGUAUCCUCAGAAGAGUACCCCCAGGAGAAACAGGCUUGACCCUUAUGCCAUCAUCAAGUUCCCUCUGACCACUUCGUCAGCUAUGAAGAAGACAGAAGAUAACAAACUUGUGUUAAUUGUGGAUUUCAAGGUCAACAAGCACCAGGUUAAGCAGCCUUGA